AUGGUGGAAGAGCUUUUUGAUGAAUUGAAUGGAGCUACUUUAUUCUCUAAGCUGGACUUGAAGUCGGGUUACCAUCAAAACAGGAUGAACUCGAGGGAUGUGGAGAAGACUGCCUUCGGGACACAUGAAGGACAUUAUGUAUUCAUGCAUCUAGAGGUGGUACUAUCAGUGUUAAGGGAGAAUGAGCUUGAUGCUAAUAGGAAGAAAUGUCGAUUUGCAAAGGAUGGAGUGGAGUAUUUAGGGCAUAUCAUUUCAAAGCAAGGAGUAGAGGUAGAUCCGGAGAAGGUGCGGGCCGUCCAAAGGUGGCAACCUUACUUGUUGGAAAGACGAUUUGUCAUUAAAAUUGAUCCAAAAGCAUUGAAGAUUGGAGAAUGGAGCCGCGGAUGUGUUGUCCAUAGUGGAUUUGGAGACUCAGUUGGCUUAGUUGUCGGCUCCUACUAUGAUCGAUAUGGCUAUAAUUCAGAAGGAAAUAGAGCAGGAUCAUCGGUUACAACGAAUCAAGGGCUGUGUACUACGAAGGAGGACGAAGUACAAGAUUUUUCUCUCCAUCGGGGCGUGCUGAAACACAAAGGGAGGUUAGUACUUUCAAGUACUUCGUCUUUGAUACCUACUAUCAUGCAUACAUAUCAUGACUCUAUUUUUGGUGGUCAUUCGAGAUUUCUGAGAACAUAUAAAAUAGUAUCAGGGGAAUUGUAUUGGGAAGGGAUGAAGAGAGCUGUUAAGGAAUAUGUGGAAGAAGGCUUACCCAAAGCCAAAGGGUAUGAUGUGAUCUUAGUAGUAGUGGACAGAUUGAGCAAGUAUGCUCAUUUCUUGGCCUUAAAACAUCCUCUGAAUGCUUGUGUUGUAGCAGAUGUUUUCGGGUACCAAGCUUCAUCGCAGCAUAGCAUAUCAUCCUUAUUUGGAUGGGAGCGUCCAAAAGAGUGGAUUAUUUGGUUGCAUUGGGCAGAGUACUGGUAUAAUACUACGUAUAAUGUCUCCACUAGUUUUUCCCCUUUUCAAAUUGUUUAUGGACGCCUUCCUCCAGUGUUGAUCUAUUAUGGGGAUGAUUGCACUUCGAAUGCAACAUUGGACCGACAGAUGCGAGACAGGGAUGUUGCCUUGCGUGUACUUAAGGAGCAUUUGAGGGUUGCUCAAGAGAAAAUGAAGAAAUUUUCAGAUAAGAAGAGAAUGGAUGUAGAAUUUCAAAUCAGAGAGUGGCCUCAGUUGUCUCAUCGGGGGUGUGAGGUUUAUGUGAAAUGGAAAGGGCUGUCGGAGCAUGAGGCGACUUGGGAGGUGUUGCAUGAUUUUCAGAAUCAGUUUUUAGAAUUUUACCUUAAGGACAAGGUAAAGGUGAAGGGGGGAGGUAAUGAUAGGCCUCCGAUUGUACUGCAGUAUCAAAGAAGGAAGAAUAAGGGUAAUAUGGGAAAAGUGGAAGUUGCGGCGGUUAAAGAGGUUGGGGACCACAGUUAA